GCGUGGCUAUAUAUAUAUAUUUGUAUCGCAGAAGCCAUGGAUUUGUCUAGAAACCUCUUCCCAAGGCCAAACCCUAAUCCCUCUCUGUCUCUCUAUCCCUUUGAGAUCUGCUUUCGUGUUUCCUUUCGCCUCUCCAAAGUCUCUCAUUAUUCAGAUGUACUUCCGGCCAUCAUCAUACCAAAAUGCAGUUAUUGAGUUGGUUUUCUUUUAUAAAUGGACUGCAAGAAGUUCAUCCAAUUGGUCGAGGAGAAGAAGAAGAGAGCUUUAGAGAAGAAAGAAGCCCCUUUGAAAUGGGAGCAGAAGUUAGAAGCUGCUGCAAAGGCGAGACUGGAUGCUGAAGCCAAAGAGAAGAAGUCAAAGAGGGUGAAGCACAAAAGGUAUGAGUCUGAUACUGACAGUGAGAGUGAUAGUACUGAUGGAGGAAUAAAAAGGAGAAGAAGAUCCCAUAAAAAGCAUAGAAAGAAUUCCCAUGGUGAUUCAGGUGACAAUGAGAGGAAAAAGGAGAAGAAGUCAAAGAAAAGGUCUAAGGGACUUUCACCAGGCUCCAGUUAUGACAGCAGUGAUGAAUAUGAUUGUAGUUCUGAAGAAGAGAGGAGGAAAAGGCGAAGCUGCCAAAAAUGGAAGCAUCAUAAUUCAAGAUCAGAUUCAGAAUCUAUUGUCUACUCAGAUAAUGAUGACAAUGAGAUAGUCAAACGAAGUCGUGCAAGGCAUCACAAACGCCGUUGGAGUUCAGUGUCUAGUACUUCAGAUUCUUCAAGUGAUGACAAUGAUCGUAGAAAUAGAAAGAAAAGCCACGGAAGACUCCACAAAGGCCGUCAUCAGGGAGGGUCUAGUGAUUCAGAGUCAUCAAGUGAUGAAGCUGUUGAUGCUCCCAGAAGGCAAAGCCAUGUGAACCACAAUAAGCAUCAUCGUCUAUCAAAUAAUGUGGUCUCUGGUUCAAUAGAUUCCAAUGAUGAGAUACUUCAUCCAAGAGGCCGAUCAUUAGGUAACUCAUCAGACGACACUCACGAUUCAAGGCACAAUAGUAGUGGUAAGCGUCACCACCACCCUCACCGGCAUUGACCACAUACUGAUGAAGGGGAAAAUCUGCAUCAUCUGACAGAAGUGAAUAAUAAUCUGUCUGAGAAUGCAGUUGACCCCAAUGGGAAGUAUCCUGAAGAUCACUCUUAGAAAUCUCUAAAAAAAAACAAUUGAAAUAA